AUGGAAGGUUAUCCUUGGUGGCCGUGUCUCAUAUACAACCACCCGACGGAAAGAACGAUAGUCAGAGGAAAAGGGAAAUCCGCUCGUGUCCACGUACAGUUUUUUGAUGACAGCCCUGCCAGGGGCUGGAUCAGCGUGAAAUAUCUGAGACCGUAUAAAGGCUCCUCGGAUGGGGAGGCACGGAAGGGAGGUAUGUUUUAUAGUCCAAAGCCUGAAAUUAAAAGGGCGAUGGCGCUGGCGGACGACGCAAUGCGUAAAGACACGGCUCAGCGGCUGGAGCUGGCGGUGUGCAGCGAGCCUUCAGACACAGAGGAGGAGGAGGAGGAGGAAGUGGAGAUGAGUGAAAGCGCCUCAGGCAACAGCGAUGACUGCCAUAGUGAUGAGGAUGUGAAGAGUAAUAAGCGAGUAAAGAGGAGGGAAAGUGCCGUAAAAAGCAAAAGAAGAAGAGUGGUGGACUCUGACAGUGAUCAUGAUGGCUCUGAUGCAGAGUUCAAGCCUGAUGUGAAAGAAGCAGCAAGCAGUGAGGAAGCGAGUAGUGGGGUGGAUGAAAAUGAAUCUACUGACACAGAGACAGAUGCAGAAAGUGUUGCAGAGAGUCCCAUAAAAAUCCCUUCUAAACGAAAGAGGCAGGAGAUAAACAAGCCUGCUAAAAGGAGUAGCUUAGGAAAGGAAUGUUCUGAAAUGCCCAAAAGAGCAGCGACGGUUUCUUUAGAAGCCAAGUCGAAGCUGACAUCAUUUGCAGCACCUGAAAGUUUUGAAUCUCAGGCAAACACUUGCAGCGGAGGCGUCGGUGGCUUUGCGGCAUGGGAGCACGAGAAGCUCGACUGGCUGCAAGAAGGGAAGAAGAAAGACGGGCGCAGGAGGCGGCAGAGUGACCCCGACUACGACCCACGUACUCUGUACGUGCCCGAGGACUAUCUCAACAAGUGUACGCCAGGGAUGCGGAGGUGGUGGCAGCUGAAGAGUCAAAACUUUGAUGCUGUGAUUUUCUACAAAGUCGGAAAAUUCUAUGAGUUGUAUCACAUGGAUGCGGUCACUGGCGUGAAUGAGUUGGGCCUGAUCUUCAUGAAAGGUACUUGGGCCCACUCAGGUUUUCCAGAAACUGCUUUUGGCAGAUUCUCUGAUGUUCUGGUGCAGAAAGGCUACAAGGUGGCACGUGUGGAGCAGACAGAAACUCCCGAAAUGAUGGAAGCACGCUGCAAGUCAAUGACCCACCCAACAAAAUUUGACAGGGUGGUACGCCGGGAACUAUGCAGAAUCAUCACCAAGGGAACUCAGACUUACAGCAUUAUGGAUUGUGACCCCUCUGAGAACCACCACAAAUACCUCCUGUGCGUUAAGGAAAAAGAAGACUCCUCUGGACAACGAGUUUACGGGGUCUGCUUUGUUGACACGUCGGUGGGGAAGUUUUAUGUGGGCCAGUUCUCAGAUGACCGGCACUGUUCGAGGUUCAGGACUUUGGUAGCACAUUACACUCCUGUACAGGUGCUGUUUGAGAAGGGAAACCUGUCUGUGGAGACACAGAAGAUACUGAAGGGCUCACUUGUUGCUUGCUUUCAAGAAGGGCUGGUCGCAGGUUCUCAGUUCUGGAAUGCAUCUAAAACACUAAAAGUUCUCCUUGAAGAAGGAUAUUUCAAGGAGAAACAGAACUCUGAAAAUGGAUGUUCUCUGCCCUCUGUAAUCAAGUCUCUGACUUCAGAGAGUGACUCACUGGGAUUAACUCCUGGAGAAAACAGUGAAUUAGCUUUGUCAGCUCUUGGGGGCUGUGUCUUCUAUCUCCAAAAAUGUCUGAUCGAUCAGGAGCUAUUAUCGCUGGCAAACUUCGAGGAGUAUGUCCCUGUGGAUGUGGAUACUGCAAAAACUAUGAGUUCAGGUAGUUCCUUUGCCAAAACUGGCCAGCGGAUGGUGCUGGACGGCGUCACCCUGAUGAACCUGGAGGUCCUGCAGAACGGCACCAACGGAACCACAGAGGGUACUUUGCUGGAAAGGAUCGAUUCGUGUUGCACGCCAUUCGGGAAGCGACUCCUGAAGCAGUGGCUCUGCGCCCCGCUUUGCAACCCCCAGUCCAUCAACGAUCGCCUGGAUGCCAUCGAGGACCUUGUGGCAGUGCCAGAUAAAAUGUCUGAAGUUAGUGAGCACCUGAAGAAACUUCCUGACCUUGAAAGGCUGCUCAGCAAAAUUCACAGUAUUGGAUCACCGCUGAAAAGUCAGAACCAUCCUGACAGCAGAGCCAUCUUUUAUGAAGAAGUCAAGUACAGCAAAAAGAAAAUUGCCGACUUCUUGUCUGCACUGGAGGGAUUUAAAGUAAUGAAUGAAAUUGUUGAUGUCAUGGAAGAAAUUGCCAGUGACUUCAAAUCUAAGGUCCUGAAGCAGUUAGUCACCCGCAAAGCCAAUAAUCCAGACGGCCGCUUCCCAGACUUGAGUGCUGAGCUUAAAAGAUGGGAUACUGCUUUUGAUCACAACCAGGCUCGAAAGACAGGAGUGAUUACUCCAAAGGCAGGUUUUGAUCCUGAUUAUGAUAAAGCAUUACAGGAUAUUAAAGCUGUUGAGGAAGAUCUUCAAAAGUACCUGGACAAGCAACGCAAAGUGCUUGGGACAAAAUCCUUGCUGUACUGGGGGGCGGGCAAAAACCGCUACCAAAUGGAAGUACCCGAGAGUGCAGUAUCACGUAAUUUGCCUGAGGAAUACGAGCUGAGGUCAAGCAGGAAGGGGUACAAACGUUACUGGACCAAGGAGAUCGAGAAGAUGCUGGCUGCCAUGGUUAACGCUGAGGAGCGCCGAGACGCGUCCCUCAAGGACUGCAUGAGGCGCUUGUUUCACAACUUCGAUAAGAACAGCAGAGACUGGCAGGCAGCUGUGGAAUGCAUCGCUGUCUUAGAUGUCUUGAUGUCCCUGGCUAACUACAGUCAAGAUGGGGAUGGCCCACUAUGCCGGCCUGAAAUCAUACUGCCUGUGGAGAGUUCUCCUCCCUUCCUGGAACUUAAAAACUCACGCCACCCAUGCAUUACAAAAACUUUCUUUGGGGAUGAUUUUAUUCCCAAUGACAUUGUGAUAGGCUGCAAAGAUGAAAAUAACAGUAGUGAAGCUUCCUGUGUGUUGGUAACUGGCCCGAAUAUGGGUGGCAAAUCUACGCUCAUGAGACAGGCGGGUCUCCUGGCUAUCCUGGCUCAGCUGGGGUGCUACGUCCCUGCCGAGGUCUGCAGGCUGACGCCCGUCGACAGAGUGUUCACGCGGCUGGGCGCCUCGGACAGGAUCAUGGCAGGUGAAAGUACUUUCUUCGUUGAAUUGAGCGAGACUUCCAGCAUUCUCCAGCAUGCUACAAAGCACUCCCUUGUUCUUGUGGAUGAACUGGGCAGAGGCACAGCGACUUUUGAUGGCACAGCCAUAGCGAGUGCGGUGGUGGAGGAGCUGGCCGAGAGAAUCCGGUGCCGGACGCUGUUCUCCACACACUACCACUCGCUGGUGGAGGACCACGCACACCGCGGGGCCGUGCGCCUCGGCCACAUGGCAUGCAUGGUUGAAAACGAGAGUGAAGAUCCAAGCCAGGAAACAAUUACGUUCCUGUACAAGUUCAUUGAAGGAGCAUGUCCAAAGAGCUACGGCUUCAAUGCGGCAAGACUGGCUAAUAUUCCGGAAGAGGUUAUUCAGAAGGGGCACAGAAAAGCAAAAGAGUUUGAAAAAAUGACCAUUUCACUGAGAAUCUUUAG